AGGCUGCUGAAACUACGCUUGAAGUUUCUUUCCUUUCCCGCAUCAUUGCAGCGGCGGCCACAGUCUUAUCUUAGUCGUACUCUACCACCUCAACUUCCCGUUUCGCUUGGUUUAUCUAAAUGAUUAGACCCGAAACAGCUGCCGCUGCUGAAACCUUUCCGCUAUUUCAUCUUGUUAGGUCUUGUAUGCACAAUAGCGCUAAUGCAAACGUCGGCAUCACUUCCAGGAACGCUGUGCGAUCUUGUUGACCAAGCAUGCAAUGCGUUUAUACUUCAGACUUCUGCAGACUUUCUAGCAGGACUGUAACUGAAAGAUGAGUGACCAAGACAUCCCUGAAAAGGUAUCGGAGAGCGAACCAGAGAUGAGGAAGGAAAAUGGGACGCUGUCAUUCUCCGAGUUCUCCUCAUCUGUGCGAGCCAUGGUUCGAAUUCGUCAGAAGUACCAGGCGAUAAAAAAGAGACGCCUGGAGAUUUCGUCUGCAAAAGUUCCUUUCUGCACCUCUGCACGUUCCACUAGCCCCAAGGUCUUCACGUUUGAUGGGGUUGCAGAUGGCAGUUCCAUCGUGUCGGGCAAGAAGAAGAAAAAGAAGAAGGCUCGUAUCCUCUUUCCCAGCGGAAACCGCCGAGUCGUGCCCACCAAGGAGCACAGCCGUGCCAAGAGCUGUCUGGUCCUGUUGUGUGUCAUCGUCUUUUUGCAGGUUUACAAUGCCAUUGAGAACCUGGAUGACCAUGUACUUAAAUACGAUCUGGAGGGACUUGAGAAAACCAUCAAAAGGGAGGUUUUUGGACAGCAGGAGGCAAGUGAGGGUCUCUUGGGACAUUUAAGAGAUUACUUGUCGACCUAUGUCCACAGUAAACCUUUGGUGUUGUCUCUGUUGGGCCCCAGCGGUGUGGGGAAGAGCCAUCUGGGGAGGCUCCUGGCCCAGCACUUCCGCUCUGUGGUGGGUGAGCAGCUAGUCCUGCAGUAUUAUGUUCUCCACCACUGUCCCACACAAGGAGACCAUCCUCUCUGCACCCAGACCCUGACCACCCACGUCUCUGAAAUGGUCACUCUGGCUGAGGAGGAAGAGAAGAUCCCCGUUUUCAUCUUCGAUGAAAUGGAGCACAUGCCCAUUGAGCUGCUGGACACCAUGCUUGGCCUCGUCACCAAACGAGACAGCAAUGAAUACCUGAAUGCCAUCUAUAUCCUCAUCAGCAACCUGGAGCAGGGCGAGAUCACGAAGUUCAUCCUGCAGAACUCCUCGAGCAUCACUGCUUCAGCUCGAGGGCGCUUCAGCAAGCAACUGAGUCCUCUGCUGCUCGGCCACCUGAAGAAGCACCAUGCGCUGUGGCUGGAGGCCGAGCUGCUGCCUCUUACGCUCCUAGAGAAAAGCCACGUCAUGGAAUGCUUUAUUGACGAGAUGUCCAGGGAAGGAUUCUACCCCGACCGCUCCCAUGUAGAAAGACUAACAGAGGAGCUGUCAUACUAUGCUGUGGGCGAUCGACAGUUUUCACGCACUGGAUGCAAACAGGUGGUUGCCAAGGUGAAUCUUCUGUGAAACCAGAGUGGAAGAUUAUUAAAGUGGUGUUGGAUUGAGGUUUGUUGAGAAGGAAAUACUUGAGGAAUACACCAGUCAGCAAGGCCAGGGCUGCAGGAUGAUACUGACACGGUCCCUGGUUAUUGCCACAUUUUUCAAGGGAAAAACUUUCUUAAAGUUGAAUGUGUUAAAAACAUUUUAUGAAAUCUUAUUACACCAUUUUAUUUUUUUUUUACAUUUUAAAGUGGAACAUGUCAUUUCACAUCUUUUCAAGCACACAGUGUUUUUUGUUUACUUGUUAUCUGUAAAUGGUAAACUUUGCAUGAACGCAGAUGCAUAUUGGAGCAUGAUGGCCAAGUGCAAAUAGGGAGGACUGUUAAUAGUGCACACAUUUCCCAUACACAGAAAACACAAGAAUGAAAUUGCACCGCAGCCAACCCACCGUGUCCUCAGGAGGUUUUGGGAGAGCAAUGGCUAAAGGAUUUUUGUGAGAUACUCAAGAUGCUAGAAGUAAAGUUGAAAAGACUACUUGAGCUGAUUUUUUUAUAUACCCUUUAUUUAUACAUUUUGAAGGAUGUCUGUUUUAGAACUGAAAUCACUGCAGUGGUGUUCCUCAGAUUUUCACCCUGUUGGAUUAUCUCUCUGAACUUGAACUUUUGCAAUAUGCUGGUACGUUUCUUACAAAUUCAAAUCACUCUAAACUCUUCUCAGCAUUUCUUUCUAUUUCUGAUUAUCAGUUCAUGUAAGGUUCUCUUUAACUAUCAUUGAUGCUUUGUUCUAAAAACCCCUCCUCUGAUUCUUCUGUACUGAAUCCAAAGACAGACACCAAAAUUAGAAAGCUGGUCAGAGCAAUUGGUUACAGCUUCAGCAAACUUAUAUGCAAGUGAGCUAUAAACAGGAACUUUUAUAGUACUUUAAUACACUUUAUCACCACCCAUAGACCUGCUAGAUAUUGGGGUAAGUGGUAUAUUCCAAAAAUGUUUAACCAAUAAAACGUGACAUCCUGUUCUUAUUUCUUCAUAUUUCAUCUUUAAUCUAAAUAG